AUGGCAGCUUUAUUUUCUUGUACAAAGUGUCAUAAAAGAUAUCUAUUUGAAGAACUGUCAAAAGGCGAGCAGUUGUGCAAGGAUUGCAGAAAUAACUUCCCGGUUGUGAAGUGCACUUACUGCAGAGUAGAAUUUCUGCAAAACAGCAAGGGCAGCACAAGUACGAUUUGUGCUAAAUGUGCACAGAAUGUCAAAUAUUAUGGAAAGCCAACUGCAUGUGAAAACUGCAGUAUUCUUGCAGCAUUUAUCGGUAACCGCUGUCAGAGGUGUGUCAACUCGGAAAAGAAAUGGGGGCCCCCUUUGGCCUGUGAACAGUGCAAAUUGAAGUGUGCUUUCAGUCGAGCAGAGAAGAAAAAGCUUGAUGGGAAACUCAUGUGCUGGUUGUGUAACGAGGCAUACAGAAGAGUUCUGGAAAAGACCAGGAAAACACAGGAGAUAAUUCUCAAGACAUCACAGUCAUCUUCUUCAUUAAUUGAUGUUUCCAGCAAGUCUAAUACCCCUACCAGUAAUGGGCAAGGCGUACCUGUCAACCAGCCUGUGGCAUCUGCAUCAUUUGAAGGCAUGACUGUUCUCGAGCGAUUGACCAGACUGGCCACAAGCGGUGGCAGCAGUCGGGGUAACACCCCGCCGGUUGACUUGGAGAAACAUGCGAAGACUGAUGUUCAAGAAAGCAGGUUAGCAGAAAGACAGCAGUCAGCUCCAGAGAAAGGUGCCAGUGGAGAAGAGGAGGAAGUGAAAGAGGAGAAAGAGAAGCAACGAUCACUUCACAGACACCAUCAUCGUAAACAUAGUCAACACCAUCAUCAUCAUUCACGUUCCAAGAAACAUCACAUCAAAGACAGUGAGGGUGAUGCUGGGGAUGUGAAGAAACCAAAAUCUGACAAGAACCCAGCGGAUGGUGUUUCAACAUCCACACCCAAAAGCACAGACGGUUAUGUCUCUGACCACGGGGUUGAUUCUGCAGCCUCAGAGAACGUGAUUCUCAUCACCCAGUUGCGAGAGCAGAUAGAAAGCCUGAAGAAGCAGAUGGUGAUCAAAGACCAACAGCUAGUGGAGAGGGACCACAGGAUCACAGAGCUGAAAGUCCAGAUGUGUGAAGGUGAGACAGAGUUCAGAGCUAAAGUUCAGGCCAUGCAUCAGAGUCACGCUACAGCCAUAGAAAAUUGUCAGAUCAAAAACAAGGAGCUGACCCGCCAGUCUUUAUUACUGAGAAAGAACAAGAAGUCAACAGAUGCCUCGUAG